GGUGACACAUUUUCUCAUUUCUCACAAAUUUUCUUGAUCGUACCUCUCUAACCCCAAUCUUUCUCACAUCCCCAAAACCCCGUAAAUUUUGUUGGUUCUUUUUAUUUUUCACCAUUAAUUAUUUUUUCCCAUAAAAAAAAUUGUUAAUCUUUGUGUACAUUCUUGUUUGAACAGAUUAUUUUUGUUGGACAUAUAUAUAUAAAGUUGGUUAUGGGAAAAAGAAAAAGAAAAGCUGACCUCAACAAGACUCCUCCCCCUCCAGACCUGAUGCCACCCUCACCCGGAAUGGACACAUUAUCAAAACAGCAGAAGUUCUCUCAUCAAGUGGACAGAAGUGGAAUAAAGUCUUUUUUAACCAUUGCGGGGGAUGGUCCUGGGAAGGUAACACAAGGCCAACAGUCAUCUAUUGUUCACCGUCGGAAUAUUGACCUUCUAAAGUCUCUGAGGCAUCCACGUCACUAUGGACGCCAUUAUUCUCGACGGAGGUCUGCUAGUAAUGCUGAGGCAUCAACUUCCCAUGAUGAGAAGUUGUCCUUAAAGAUGGCAAGCAAAUGCUAUGCAGAUUCUGGACAUGACACAGAGAAUAGGCAAAAAACAGUUCACAAAACAGGAGGAGUUCCAUCCAGUUCGUUGGCGACGAGGGCGAUAUCAUCCGAUGCAGGGAAACUCUUUUGUGUAUUAUGCCAGAAGUUUCUGAAGAAGGAACCAUACAUCGUCCUUGAAAACAGUUUGCCUACAGGGGAGACCUCUGUGGUGGCAGUCUUAUCUUGUGGUCAUCUUUACCAUGCUGAUUGUUUGGAACAGAGAACGAACCAUGAAGAUAGACAUGAUCCGCCCUGUCCAAUUUGUCUUGACUUGGUUUCUAACGUUGAUGCUUCAGUAGAACAGGAUUGAGUAGGUCAGCUUGUUGUGCCUUGGUACUGUUAAUCUUUUUGAAGAUUAGAUGUAUUUAGAGGGAUUAAGAAUCAUCUAGGGAGAUACAAUCUUGUACGUGAUUCUGAAUGUUUUUCUUAUCUGCAAAUAUUGUAUAGGAAGAAGAAGCUGACAUGAUAAAUGGGGAUCAUGUAUGGGAGCUCUUUUAAAUGAUGUAUGAUAUUGUGGUUAGUUCAUGCUCUA